AGUGAUUUCCCAUUUUUUGGUUUCUCUCUUUAAAAAAAAAAACUUGGGUAAUAAUCAUCAUUAACUACUGAAAAAACAUGCCGUUUUAAACCCACAGUGGGAGUAAUUAUUUAUUUCCUCCAUUACGAGUUUGCCACCUUUAAUGCCCUUAUAUAUAAAGAGAAACUGAAGCAGGAAAAAAAAAGGAAAAUUCGAAGGAGCAGACCCCAAAACCAACUCAAUGCAGUUAAGUGCCAUUUUGACCAUUGCCAGUCUUUGUUUUGGUUUUUGCUCUUCUCUCAGGGAAGGACAAACAUGUAUAGCAGAUCGGUAUUGUGACUCAGGGUUGCACUGUGAAACCUGUAUAGCAAAUGGGAACGUACGGCCCAGGUGCACUAGAAUCCAGCCAUUAAACCCCAUUUCUAAGGUUAAGGGAUUACCAUUUAAUCGAUAUUCAUGGUUGACUACUCACAACUCGUUUGCAAGGCUAGGGGAAAGGUCUGCAACUGGGUCUUUGAUUUUAGCACCUACCAACCAGCAGGAUUCCAUCACCAGCCAGCUUAAUAAUGGUGUUAGAGGUUUGAUGUUGGACGUGUAUGAUUUCCUGAAUGAUGUCUGGUUGUGUCACUCUUUCGGAGGACAAUGCUUCAACUACACAGCUUUUCAACCUGCAAUUAAUGUUUUGAAAGAGGUUCGAGUGUUUCUUGAAGCAAAUCCAUUGGAGAUUGUUACCAUUAUCAUCGAAGACUAUGUGACCUCUCCAAGGGGAUUGAGUAAAGUAUUUGAUGCUGCCGGCUUGAGGAAGUUCUGGUUUCCAGUAUCUCGAAUGCCGAAAAACGGUGAAAAUUGGCCAACGGUCGAUGAUAUGGUUCAAAAGAAUCAGCGCCUUGUGGUUUUCACUUCGAAGUCGGCUAAAGAGGCCUCUGAAGGUAUAGCUUAUCAAUGGAGAUACAUGGUGGAAAACCAAUAUGGAGAUGGUGGGAUGGUAGCUGGUUCGUGUCCGAACAGAGCGGAAUCACCUGUGAUGAACACAAAAUCAAGGUCACUGGUCUUAGUCAACUACUUUCCCGACAGACCUGACAUAACCCAAGCUUGCAAACACAAUUCAGCCCCAUUGAUUAGCAUGGCGAAAACAUGUUAUACUGGAGCCGGUAACCGGUGGCCGAACUUCAUAGCUGUAGAUUUUUACAAGAGGAGUGACAGCGGAGGUGCUCCUGAAGCCGUGGAUGUCGUAAACGGUAAUCUAGUUUGCGGAUGCGGAAACAUAGCCAAGUGCAAGGCAAACAUGACAUUUGGAGUAUGUGACAUACCCGAGGCCGGUGUCGUCCCCGAACAGGGAUCAGUGGCUCAUAAAUCAAGCUUUGCUUAUUUAGAUAGUCGACCAAUUUCAUCAUGGUUGUUGUUUGGCAUAAUCUUAGCAACAAUUCUCUUGCAAAUGUAAACAUUAAAAACAUGCUACUUGUUUUUCAAUAAAAUGAAGCUUCUAUGUCUUAACCAUUA